CCGGUGGGGCGGGGGUCGGUGCGAUCACCGGCGGGUUCCGUGCCAUAGCAUUACUCAGGCGCUGUCCCAYGUUCUGGGGGCAGGAGCGAUGCCGGAGAGCAGGUCCGUGUUUGAAGCYGCUCAGGACCCUGAGCUCCUGCGCGGGCUGACCCUUGUCACCGGAGCUGCUGCGGAUGCGGGUACUGCCGAGCGGGCACCGGAGAGCCACGGUGCGUGGGGCUCUGCGGGCUGGAGCGGGGCUCUGCGGGUGCGGCGGCAGGAAGAGAAACCUGCAGCACCCAGCUGUGAGGAGAAGGCCAAUGGGGUCACCGAGGUGCCRGAGAGGAUGUGCUGCUUGACCUGCGGGCAGGCGUUUGGGAGCCGGGAGGAGCAGACUGAGCACUACCGUCUUGACUGGCACCGUUUCAACCUGAAGCAGCGACUCCUGGGGCGCCAGACACUGCCUGCAGAAGUGUUUGAGGAGAAAACUCGCACAGGUGAUGUAUCCAGCAUAUCAGGAUCUGACUCGGAUAGCUCUGAUGCGAGCAGUGAGUCAGAGUUGCCACCCUCUGCCAGUGACAGCUGUGAGACCCCCCAGAUUCCCCGCUCCCACAAGGUGCUGCUCCGCAAUGCGAAGGGCCAGUUCAUCUCUGCAUACCGCUGUGUGCUGGGAGCUGGGAAGGGUGGCAUUGAGGAGCCGGUGGAGCUGACAGCAUCACUGCAGAGCCUCAGUGCAAGCACGUGCUGGGUUGUGCUGAUGAUGGGCGGUGGGCACUUCGCAGGUGCAGUGUUCCGGGGCCCACAGGUGCAGGAGCAYAAGACCUUCCACCGCUAUACAGUGCGAGCACGGCGGGGCACAGUGCAGAGCCUUMGGGACGCCCAGGGGUCGGCACCCAGAUCGGCUGGGGCCUCUCUGCGCCGCUACAAUGAGGCUGCGCUGCUCAAGGAUAUUCAGGAUCUUCUGAUAGCCUGGGCACAGCACCUGAAUGAGGCUCAGCGCAUCUUCAUCCGUGCCCCUCGACACAACCGUGCGCUGCUCUUUGGUGGCAGGAACCCACCCCUCACCCGAGGGGACCCUCGCAUCUGCCACAUCCCCCUCAGCACCCGCAGGGCCACCCUGCGAGAGGUGCUGCGAGUSCACACCACACUGGCCAGCCUGCAGGUGUAUGGGAAGGACACACCACUGGAGGAGAUCACUGGGUCCCCCCGGAAGGUCUGGCAGAAGAGACAGCGGAGAGCAGAGGUGGAUCCCCCACAGGAGGACACAACUGCCCCAGAAGAGGAGGAGGAAGAGGAGGAGGAAAGCCUUGCAGGGGAACUGGAGACUGUGGAAGUGACACUGGGGACCUUGGACCUCCGGGAAUUCGAAGUGAUGCCCAAGCGAAACCGCAAAAGGAGGAAGAAGAGGGACAAGAAGGUGGAGAAAGGGCCUUGUGCUGAAGAGAGUGGAUACCAAUGUGGGCAGCCUAGCCUGGAGCCAGCGACAGAGCUGCAGGAGGAAGCUGAGGCUGGGCUGCUUCCCUGGGGCAAGGGAGGACACCUUCAGACCCAGCUCUGCGAUGCCCUGUUCACUGCCUGCAAGACAGGAGAUGUGCAGACACUGCGGCACCUCCUGGGUGUGCCAGAGAGCAGGGGCCUGCCAGGGGACAGCGAGGGUGGGAAGGAUGCACAGUCUGUGGAUAUGGCCCACUCCCUCCUGAACCAGCCUGUGGAUGAGCGUGGCUGCACCCUGCUUCACGUGGCAGCACGGGCAGGCAAGGCUGAGGCUGUGUGCCUGCUGCUGGAGGCAGGGGCAGACCCUGCCCUCAGGGACAAGCAGGAGAGAACCCCAUACUGUGUCUCUGCUGACAGACUGACACGCAACACCUUCCGCAAGUUCAUGGUGGAGCACCCAGACAAGUACGACUACAGCCGUGCCAAGGUGCCAGGGCCCCUGACACAGGAGAUGGAGGCCAAGAAGCUGGAGAAGAAGCGGGCACAGAAAGCCCAGCGGAAGCAACGGGAGCAAGCACAGCGGGAGGAGCGGCAACGCUGGGAGCAGGAGCAGCAAGAGAAGCAGCGGUUUGCAGCCCUGUCUGACAGGGAGAAGAGAGCCCUGGCUGCUGAACGGAGGUUUGCUGCACAGCUGCAGGACACUGGCACAACUCUUUCCAACAUCAGCCGCUGCUGGCAUUGUGGAGAGUCCCUGCUGGGACGGAUCCCUUUCCAUUACCUCGACUUCUCCUUCUGUUCCACGGCCUGCCUGCAAACCCAUCGCCGGGCCCAGGCUGGCCACACCUGAUGCUGGAGACUGCUGUCAUCUGCCAAGGACCAAUGUGGUGGGGACACAGCUGAGCCCUGGCUGUGCAGCAAGGGAGAGCCUGUGCUCUCAGCCCAGAGGGACUGAGCAAUGGUCAGAGGGACUGAACUGGCCAYGUAACUGUCCAGGGCAGCUCUGGCAAGGCUCUAGGCAUAAAUAUCACUCUGGGUGGAGACUCUGGUGAUGUUAACAGCUGAGAAGUCUCCAUAUCCUGGCAUGAGGGGCCUGGACUGUUUGGCGGCCUGGCUCCGUCUGGGCAUCCUGUUGCCAGCUUUUCUCAUGGCUACCUCACAGGUUGCUGUCUUUAGGCAGGACAGAUCCUGACACGUACAGAGCCUACAGCCCUGAGCUACCUACAGCCAUGCCUGUGGACACCCUUGAGACUGUGCUUUUACCUCUCCUCUCCUGGCUGCCAUUGGCAUCUCAGCCUUGUCACAUUAGCAACUACUUCCUCUGCCUACAUUGUCAAUAAAGAGGUGCCUUGACCCCCCUGAGCAUGG